GUACGGAGUAGAUAGAAUCUUCUCUUUUUCAUAUACUCUUCAAUCAAGGUCUCUUCAAAUACCCCUGGUAAGACCUCACUGCACUCGUGCUUCAUCCUUGCGGCAAAUUUCUGCUCAUUAAUUCUUCAGCCUGGAGAUUGAGUAUCCCUAUAAAUACUCUUGAAUAUAUAGUCCGGCGUUGGGAGUGUCGAUUUCGCUCUCUGCCCAGGAUGCGGCAUCCGUCACCAUGCUCCCUCGUUAUUCUCCGUCCGUGAACUGGCUCUCGGUUCGCCCGAAAAGGCGCCGAUUCUCAGUCAACCCUUCGUUAUACUGGACGUUUCUCGCGUUUACCGUCUUUGCGACGGUGAGCUGGGCUAUUGCGGCGUGGAGGGGAGAUGAAUCUCUUACGCAGGAUGCGACCAUUGCUCUUCUCAGGCGGGACACUGAACCGGAGUGUCGGCUUGUUCGUAACGUCAAGGACAAAUGCGCCUUUGUCCGUACCAACUGCCCGGACCAUGAAGAUGGUCUGUUCUCCUACCUCCAAUUCUACUAUUGCUCUCUCGCGGACGCCAAACCGCUAGCAUUCAUUCUCCUCAUUCUGUGGAUGUGCUUGAUCUUCAAUACUAUCGGAAUAGCCGCCAGCGACUUUCUAUGUAUCAACUUGAGCACUUUGGCCAGUAUCCUGGGGUUGAGUGAGAGUUUGACGGGAGUCACAUUCCUUGCCUUCGGAAAUGGAAGCCCCGACGUGUUCUCCACAUUUGCUGCGAUGAAGUCCAAUAGUGGAAGCCUUGCUGUUGGUGAACUGAUCGGAGCCGCGACCUUCAUUACAUCAGUGGUGGCUGGCUCAAUGGCAUUAGUCCGGCCGUUCAAGGUCGCCCGGAGGAGCUUCGUUCGCGACGUUGGUUAUUUCAUCAUUGCCGUGGGUUUCAGCAUGGUUUUUCUAGCAGAUGGGCGCCUGCAUAUCUGGGAAUCCACCGUAAUGGUGGCUCUAUACUGUUUCUAUGUGGCGAUGGUGGUCAGUUGGCAUUGGUAUUUCGUGCACCAGCGUCGAAGGUACGAGAGGAACGUUGCGGCACGGUCCCAUUUCCACAUCCCGGAAAACCAGGAGUUGGACAUCGAGGAGCCUGCGGAGGAUGACGAUCCUGGUGUAGGGUCUGAAUCGAGGAGUCUGCUUCAAGCUGGAUCGACGGAAGACUUUGACGCGCUGGAAAGGUCUGAUCGACUCGCAUGGACAGAAGAAGACAGAGACGAGGACGAUGAAACUCGUAAUCGCUAUCUGGCUGAGAUACGGGAGAACAUGCAUAUAUAUCGUCCUAAUUCGCGGAGGCGAAAUACCGCUGCGCUGAAUCCCAUCAGACCCAGUUUGGUUGGCGCACUUGAAUUUCAAUCCGUUCUCUCUUCGCUACAGAAAUCUAGAAACGUUCACCAAACUCUGGGAAUUGACCUGGACAGGUACUCGGAUGAUCCUGAAGCGCGGCCUUCUCAAGACUUUGACAAUCGCUCCGUUGCAUCACACUCGCAGGUAUACCGGUCCCCUAGCCAACUUUCACCGCAUGAGGGUUCCGCUCGAACUCGAGCUGUAUCUGCUAAUGAUGCUGCUGGGCUGAAAAUUGACACUAGUGUCUUUGACCAAGACACAAACCCGCCAGUUCAAGUCACUGUCAGUCGGCCUUCCGGGGAAGGUCUCGACGACACGGCUGAAAACUGCCCGGUCAGUCGAGAUGCACUAUCACCAUCGGACGCUGGUGAUUAUUUUUCGUCGAGCCCAUCCCCAGGGGGUGCAGAUGCGCCUCAAACCCCAGAUUUGCUCGCGCCAUCAGAUGCCUUCCGGUCUCCCAAUUACCAGACCAAUGCCUCCCGUCCACGUUCGCCGCUUCAUUCUCCACGCGGGACACAUCUCUCCCCAGGCACUUCUCCUGCUGAACCUACAACCGAAAGUCCACUUAGCCCGUUCCCUCCGUUCACCGAUUACCUGGAAUCUUCGUCGUCCAGUACAUCCAGUAUUCGUCCGCGAGGCGGCUCAAGUCCCACGGAGCGGCUACAGGUCCGUGACGGUGUUUCUGAAAAUGGAGACAAUCGUCCGCCGGCGCGAAUCAAGUGGUGGCCUUAUUGGAUGCUACCAUCGCCACAAUCUCUAUUUUCGACGCUUUUUCCGACACUGUGUGACUGGAAAGUCAAGAGUAUCUGGGAACGAUUACUGGGAAUUGUUGCAGCCCCGACUGUGUUGCUUCUGACGGUGACUAUUCCUGUCAUUGAACCAGCACCAUCCGAGACAAUCACGGAUCCCAUUUCCGUCGUGGUGACUACAGCAGAUGAUGGGAAUGGUUCAACCAUGCCCCGGGUGAGGCUCCCAGAUGAUAGUCCGGUUAUCCGUGCCCUUGAACACCAGUCUGGUGAGCAAGGAGGAGCAGAUGAUGAUGGCAAGGCUCAGCAUCAGUCCUCGCAGGGGAGACAACGUUUCAAUUCAGAGGUACCAGCCGUCCAACAAUUAUCCGAGGACGCAGUCACAUCGGUCCCGAAAGAAUGGAACCAAUGGCUAGUCUCUGUUCAGCUUUUCGUUGGACCAUUUUUCAUUGCCCUGAUUGCCUGGACGGUCAUAGACUCGGAAUCUAGACCUCGCUAUCUCCUCUUACCGGCUCUCAUCGCUCUUCUUUUCUCCUUGCUGUGCUUCACCUUACUCAGAAUAAGCACCGGGCUCAGUCAUAACUCACAACCACCCAAGCCAUGGCGCUCAUUCUUAGCCCUCCUCGGCUUUCUAGUCGCAAUCUGCUGGAUUGCCACAAUCGCAGAGGAAGUCGUCAACCUCCUCAAAGCCAUAGGCGUCAUCAUGAACAUCAGCGACUCACUCCUCGGCCUCACCGUCUUCGCAGUCGGGAACUCGCUGGGCGACCUCGUUGCGGACAUCACCGUCGCACGUCUCGGAUACCCCGUCAUGGCACUGAGCGCCUGCUUCGGCGGACCCAUGAUGAACAUCCUCCUUGGAAUUGGCCUCGGUGGUAUGUACAUGACCGUGAACGCGAAGCCGGACGCUGUAGCUGCUGCUGCGGGACUGUAUGAGGUUGCCAUCUCCAAGGUCUUGGUCAUCAGUGCGAUUACUUUGUUGAUUACACUGGCCGGAGUUUUGAUCGUCGUUCCGCUGAAUGGGUGGCGGAUGGAUCGGAAGAUUGGCUGGGGUUUGGUUGUAUUGUGGUGUGUUAGUACCCUUGGCAAUGUCAUUGCUGAGGCGGUGUCUUAACUACCCUGUUUGCUUGUUGGAAAUUAUUUAUAGUGUCAGGGUUUGUAUUGCAUAUUUAUAUACCGGUGUAUAGUUACGAAUUGCUACGUAAUGUUAGGGC